CUGUAUCAGAUUUAUCAUUGUUUAUGGUGAGAGAGAGGCUAAAGUACUCCAACAUACACACUCUCUCUCUACACUCUCUGUCGCUCUGUCUGUUUGUUGUGUGCCUGCGUGUGGGAGCGCCCUCCCUUCUCUCUCUAUCUCCCUCUCACACUUCCCUACCCCAUUCUGCCAUCCCGCAGCCCGAAGGCCCCAAACCCACCACUCGCGGAGAAAAAUCUCGCGGGGGGAAGGAGCAAGGGGAUAGCAUCGUCGGCUGCCUCUUUCCUCAGGUGCUGAUGCAAGGCUAUCAAGGACGCAACACAAUCACUCUGAAGGUAUAGUUGGACCAGUUUCAGAACAUGGGUUCGCGGUUUCCAUCCCACCAGCUAAGCAAUGGUCUUUAUGUCUCGGGCCGACCCGAGCAACCUAAGGAGAAGGCCCCAGUCAUUUGCUCCACAGCUAUGCCAUACACUGGUGGGGACAUUAAGAAAUCCGGAGAGCUUGGAAAGAUGUUUGAUAUCCAUCGAAAAUCUGGUCCUUUGGGUAAUCAACCCUCAAGGAAUACUUCAUUUGGUGGUGCUGCUUCCAACUCUGGACCAGUUUCUAACUCAGUUAGUCGCACCAACUACUCUGGUUCUAUUUCAUCAGUAGUUCCUGGCACUGGAGGAUCUUCAAGGACAAAAUCUAAUUCUGGACCGCUCAAUAAGCAUGGAGAACCAACAAAGAGGUCGUCUGGCCCCCAGUCUGGUGGAGUGACCCCGAUGGCCCGCCAGAACUCUGGCACUCAGCCUCCUGUUAUUCCUGCAACUGGGCUACUCGUCUCUGGUCCGUUGAAUUCAUCUGGUGCUCCACGAAAAGUAUCAGGUCCUCUUGAUUCUAGUGCACCAAUGAAGAUGCGUGCCACCUCUUUUGCACACAACCAGGCUGUCACAAAUCUCAAUGUGGAAGAUGGUUACUCGAUUAAGGGCAGCAUUCCAAGCACAAUAUUUUGGCUGGUUGCAUUACUCUUUGUGGUUGGGUUAGUAGCAGGCAGCUUCAUUCUCGGCGCUAUUCAUAAUCCAAUUUUGCUUAUAGUUGUCGUGGUGAUAUUUGGUUUUGUUACUGCACUUGUGACCUGGAACAUGUGUUAUGGAACAAAAGGUGUGACUGGGUUUGUCAGUCGCUAUCCUGAUGCAGAUCUUAGAACCGCAAAAGAUGGAGAGUAUGUGAAGGUUACUGGGGUUGUUACUUGUGGAAAUGUCCCCCUUGAGUCCUCAUUCCAAAGGAUUCAGAGAUGUGUUUACACUUCAACUUGCUUGUAUGAGUAUAGGGGUUGGGAUUCGAAAGCUGCUAACUCUCAGCAUCGCCGUUUUACUUGGGGACUCAGGUCAAUGGAGCGGCAUGCAGUAGAUUUCUAUAUCUCUGAUUUCCAAUCAGGACUGCGAGCAUUGGUCAGAGCAGGAUCUGGUGCACGUGUAACCCCAUAUGUCGAUGAGUCUGUUGUCAUUGACAUAAACCCUGACAACAAGGACAUGUCACCUGAAUUCCUGAGGUGGCUACGAGGAAAGAACCUCUCGAGCGACGAUCGGAUCAUGCGCCUAAAAGAAGGAUACAUUAGGGAGGGAAGCACUGUGAGUGUUAUGGGUGUUGUUCAAAGGAACGACAACGUGCUGAGGAUUGUUGCUCCAGCUGAACCCAUCUCCACUGGCUGUCAGUGGGCCAAGUGCAUCCUUCCAACCAGCCUUGACGGCCUGGUCCUGAGAUGCGAUACAUCCGACAUGGAUGUGAUACCAGUCUAGCUAGCUUCGUUCUGGCAGUUCUCCGGAGAAAGAAAAAGAUGCCAUCUUUUGACUAUUGAUUUGUCUCGUGGGAUGCUAGGAUUGAAAGAAUGUGCAAAUGCAGGGUGUGAUUAUGGCUAAGUACAUUACAGUAUCGGCGGUGGGUUACCUGGGUCUUGGUUGUAUAGUAUUAUAUGUGUUUUUUUUUUCUCUUUUCUUUUUGGUUGAGCCAUGGAUGGAUACUUGUAACAUGGAUGGCUUGAGUCAGUACUACCAUGGAGCUGUUUGGAGAUUUAACGGUUUUGGGUUGUAGGAUUACAGCAAUAUCAUGAACCCUUCCAUUUUCCCGUUUGUA